CUCAUCAUUGAUCGUGAGGAUUUGAUCUCCAGCAUCAUCAUGCCUGAACCAGCGAAGUCCGCGCCGAAGAAAGGCUCCAAGAAGGCCGUCACCAAGACCGCCGUCAAAGGAGGAAAGAAGCGCAGAAAGUCCAGGAAGGAGAGCUACGCCAUCUACGUGUACAAAGUGCUGAAGCAGGUUCAUCCUGACACCGGGAUCUCUUCGAAGGCGAUGGGCAUCAUGAACUCUUUCGUCAACGACAUCUUCGAGCGCAUCGCCGGUGAGUCGUCUCGUCUCGCUCACUACAACAAACGCUCCACCAUCACUUCCCGAGAGAUCCAGACCGCCGUGCGUCUGCUGCUGCCCGGGGAGCUGGCCAAACACGCCGUGUCCGAGGGCACCAAGGCCGUCACCAAGUACACCAGCUCCAAGUAGAGCUCCGCUGCAGCUCCACACACAAAGGCUCUUUUAAGAGCCACACAACUUCUCACUGAAAGGACAAGUGCUGUUUUAAGUUGAGUCUCACCUUAAAUGUAUAAUCUUAAGUUUAUUUUUGCCACUAUUAGGAUGAUUCUGAAUGGGAAGUUAAAAGACUUUCAGAGGUUGCAAGUACAUGUACAGAGAUUAACCUAUGAAAUAAUACAUGCAACAUUACAUAUAUAAUACAACAUCUUCUGAGAGCAUCUUUAGCAGUGCUAUGGUUUUGUUUGUUUUUUUGUGUGUGUGUGUCAGUUCCUCUCACUCCAAAUCCAAUCAUUUCAACAUUUGUGUUAACAUUUCAAGCCAAAACUGAGCUCUUGUUCUUGAAGACUUAAACCAGCUUUGCUGUGCACAGAUUCUGGAUCCUCCUCAGAUGAUGCAGUGAAAGCUCUUCGUGUUAACGGCAGCGAAGCUUCAUUACAGAGAUGUGAACUAACCAGAUCCCAUGCCAAGCUCCUCAAUCCCACAUUCUCACUCUUGGGAAUUAUUGCACAUAUUCAGCAGUACUUCACUGUGAAACGUUGAUUUAUCGCAACAGAACAUCUCCCCUCAACCUUCAAGUGUACCUGAUUUUAAAUGAUGAAAAACUUAAGGUCAUCGGCCAGCAGAGACUGUAGAGACUGAUUCAGGCGCUGAGUUUGUGGAGAAACACAGGACAAAGUUGAUCAAAAAGGUAUCUCUGGUGGAGCCCAUUGCAGACGAC